ACAGCUGCCGGACCAUGGCGGCCGCAGACAGCCCCUCUGCCGCCCUCCGGCGCCGCGACCUCUGCAGCCGCGGCAUCCGCCUGGCCGGAAAGAUGCGCGCCGAUGUCGUUGACCUCCUGGACGCCUACGUGGAGCAGCAGGGCCUGGACGCCUCGGCCAGCGUGGCGGCGGUGGAGGGGGUGCCGCUGGCGGCGGUGGAGCGCUGGGACGAGCAGACGGGCACGCAGCGGCUGCUGGAGAACCUGGCAGCCUACCGGGCCUUCCGCGCCCUGCUGGCCCAGAUGCUGGAGGAGCAGCGGGAGCAGCUGGGCGAGGCGGACGCGGGCCUGGGCCGGGCGCUGGCGGCCGUGCUGCUCCAGGUCUCGGCCUUCGCCUACCACCUCGAGGAGCUGCUGCGGCUGGAGAGCCGCGGGGUCCCCGGCGAGGAGGGGGACGGGCCGCCGCCCCCGCCGCGCCUCGGCCUCUUCGAGCAGAAGCUGCGCGGCCUGGGCGUGCUGCGGGAGCUGGCCCAGUGGGCCGUGAGGUCCGUGCGGGACCUGCGGCAGCUCGCCAAGCCCAGCCCGGCCACCGGCGCGUCCCCCGGCCUGGCCGAGAGCCCCUGAGGGCCGGCAUGGGGUGGGAGGGCCUUGGGUGCGGCUGGGGCUCCUCGCCCAGCCUCUCAGAGGGCAGCUGAGAGCGAACGAGGGGAUGUGGAGGGGAUGUGGAUGAUGUCGUUAAUGCCCGUGCUUUUAGUGCUGCUCCCCGUGGAGAAACUGAGGCAAAGGCUGCAGUCUGUCCAUCCUCAGGGGUCCUUGGGCUCUUCCUGCUGGGCAGUUGAAUUAUCCCCCAGGAAGCAGCUUUGCUGCUCGCCCCAGGGCCUAGAGGCGUGACCAGCCCUUGUCUUCGGAAUUUGGACACCGCCUAUGGCAGGCAGAUGCUGCCUAGGGGCUCUUCGCAGGAGCGAAGGGACAGAAAAGCAUCACCUGGUGAAAGGAGUCUUGGGACCUGCCCUCCAGCUGCAAGGCACAAGGCUUGGCUUCCAGCACGUGGACUCUUCCUUCUGCCCAGCUUGGUUGGCUGCUCAUUGAACUUCUGCUCUAAUUGCUUGGGGGCUUUUUGCAGGGGGGGGAUGGGAGGGGAAGCAAUCAGGAGGGGAAUUCUUAGCUGCUUGGACAUGAUAAUGGAGAGGAUUUUUUAACUGAAAGUGGAUCUUUUAGCUGUGAUUUAGAAGCCCCUCUGCCAAGGGGGUUAGUGCCUGCAGGGCUUAUUUUAGGACUGGGAAUGGCAUGGGAGAAUCUAACAGCCCCCACCACAUCGUUCACCCGGUGGAGUGCUGGGAUGUUUCACAGCUUCCUGGGCCGAGGUUCUCCUGCCGACUGGAUGUGAUGGCUGCUGGCUGCCGAGUGAAUAAAAGGGCUGGGAGAUCUGCCAGGGUGAUGUACUUCUUGGGGGAGCUGGGGCAGUCAACCUCACCAGAGAGCCUGGGCUGCCCAGUUGCCAUUCCAUGGAAGGGUCCAUCCCAGUGGGGUGAGAAGUCUGGGUGGAUGCAAUCCACUGGGAGGUCAUGGGGAAGACGAAGCAGCUGGGGAUGAAGGAGUUAGUGGGAGGAUGAGGAGGAGGUGAUGGGUCACAGGGGUUGUGCCCUGUCCUGGUGAGGCCCUGCCUUCUUCCCUGGCAGCAUGUGGGGAGACUGGGGCCACAGAGCAGGGAGGAGGCUGGGGCCGUGCCCGGCUGGCUCUGCACAAAGCGGCUUUGUGGUGGCAGGUUGGGACAGCAGCAGGCACAGCGCCUGCCCCAGCACCAGCAGCGUCUGCACGGCCAUGGGGGCUCUGGGAGCACAAAGAGCAGCCCGAGGCUGAGCCCCCAGCACCAUCCUGCCCACCCCACAGACCGCACCACGGGGUGGUUUGAUGUGGUCUGGUUUUUAUGGGUGAUGCCCGAGAGGAAGAACGUGCACCUUCUUCAUCGCCACUUACUGCCUGCCCUCAGCUUUGCAGCUCAGACUGGAUUAUUUCAAUCUUUAUGCUUCCCUGCACUCGGGAAUAACAAUUUAUGGCCAUUAUUUUUUUUUUUUCAGGAUUAAUCAAAGCAAGUCUCUUUUAUGACAAGUAUUUUUCUUGCCUGCUGCUGUGUGCUUGAAGCCACCUUGCUCUUCUCCCCUUGCACCCUCCAGCUCAGCAGUGUCUGGGUGCUCACACCCUCCUCACCUUCCCGGGGUGGGCAGGGACAUCUGGAGUGUGUCCUUGAACCUCACCACCCCACCAGGUGGGAACAGACCUCUUUUCUCCGGCAGCACAGGCCGGGUAGGAGGUGACCUUCAGAUCCGGGGAACCGGCCAAGGCUGCAACCCGAUCCUCCCACAUCAGCGGCUGGCAGAGAGCUGAGCUCCGUGCUGCACUUGCACUCCAGGGUGAAAGCAGCCAUGGAGACCCAAGGGGGACAAUGGUGUUGCCCCAGGGAUUUCCCUGGGCUUUUGCAACCUUCCUGACUCCUUCCUUGUUCCCUUGCCACCUGCAUGUGUGGAGCAGCCACCUAACAGAAACAAUGGGAAAAAGCAACCCAGCAAUCCAAAGCUCCACGCUUUGGCUGAGCGAGAGGCUCCAGCUCCCAGCCUUUCCCUGCCAGCCAGCCCCCACCGUGCCGUGCAGAGGCGGUGACGUCGGAGCUGGCUGGGAUUUAAUGCUAUUUUUCAGCUGCAGCCCUGAGGGAAUCACCAGUGAAGUGAUUUGGCGAGGACAGGGGCGCCCGACAGCUGAGCUCCCGUGGUGCCAGGAGGCCCUUGGAUUUGCUUUGCCACGGAUUGAAGUGAAGUUGAUCUGGAUGGCUGAAGGCAAACGAAGCUGUUCAUUUUGGGAUCAGAAAUUAGGAGUUUGACUGGAGGACGAUUGUACCCGUGUGGCUGUUGCUACUGAGGACCCCUGCAAUGGCCUCCUGCAAACUGUGCUUUGGGAAGAAAGAAGGGAUUUGCAGUGCUUGUGGGAACAGGGAAGUGGGGGGAGGGGAGAGGGAGGGCUGCACUCCCAAAUUGAAGCCGGGAUGGAGCCACCAA